AUAGUUAGUCCUUUUGAAAUAUUCAACAUUGUAGCUCUUUCACUCAUCUUCAUUAUGUUUAGAGGUGUCACAAUCGAUUAAUCAACAGCUAAUCUGCCAUCACAUUGAUUGACUACUAUUUUAAUCGAUGAAUCGUUUAGAGCCAUUGUUUAACGUAGAAUUGUCCAAAUCCUGAUUUCAGCAAAGUUGUCCAAAUCCUGAUUUCAGCAAAAUUGUCCAAAUCCUCUGAUUUCAACCUCUUAACAGAAAAUAUUCCCAGAGUUCUAUUGUCCUCCAUGAAGGGACACUGAUUAUCUCGUUUAAUCAAAAUAACAAUUUUGCAAACAUUUUGGAAAACAAUGAUCAACAUUUCCCCCCUAUUUUCUGAAAUGUUUCAGACCAAGCCAAUAUCUGAAUCAUAAUACAUUUAUGGGAAAAAUAAGUCAGUUUAAUUUAUUACAAAAAAUAUUUAUUUGCAGCCUUAGUACUUAGUACCAGUGACUGGUUAGAGCGUCUGCCUCACAGUUCUGAGGACCGGGGUUCAAUCCCCGGCCCCGCCUAUGUGGAGUUUGCAUGGUCUCCCCGUGCCUGCGUGGGUUUUCUCCGGGCACUCCGGUUUCCUCCCACAUCCCAAAAACAUGCAUGGUAGGUUAAUUGAAGUCUCUAAAUUGCCCCUAAGUGUGAAUGUGAGUGCGAAUGGUUGUUUGUUUAUUUGUGCCCUGCGAUGGGCUGGCAACCAGUUCAGGGUGUACCCCGCCUCCUGCCCAAUGACAGCUGGGAUGGGCUCCAGCACUCCUGCGACCCUGUGAGGAGAAGCGGCUCAGAAAAUGGAUGGAUGGAUGGAUGGAUGGAUGAACCUGAAGCAGCCUGGGAAGUGUAUCAAACUAGUAGCCCUUCGCAUUAAUCAUUAUCCAAGUAGUAGUUUACCCAAGAAGUAGUUUCAACUGUUUCAAAAAGCUUCUCUUUUAAAGAAGUGUUGGCAGCAAUGAAUAAUUCCCUGGAUGGCUCAAGCUCCUAUGAGGAGCUCGUGCGACAGAAAGCUCGGAGUAUCCCCCAGCAUCGUAUGAAGGAGUUCCUAGAGUCCUUGGCCAGUAAGGGUCCAGAUGCACUGCAGGAGUUUAGCCAGCAAAGUGGAGAUGUUACAACCACCACUACGACGAUGGUGUACCAGCAAGAGGCAAAUUGCAUCUACACAGACAGCACUGAAGUGGCAGGGUCGCUUCUGGAACUAGCUUGUCCGGUUCAGGUCCAAGUUCAGCCACAGCAGAUCCAAGAGUCAACAACUCAGCAGAAUGCAGAGCAUCAGAUUGUACAGGUGCAGAUUCAGGGCCAGCAACCAGGGCAGAUGCUGGGUCAGGUCCUCCAAGUUCCCUCUGGCUCCCAUCAGCAGCUUCAAGGUGUGACGACAGCACAGCUGAUUCAGCAAGGAGAUCUCACUGAGGAGCAGCACCAACAGCUCCAAGCCCAGUUGGUGGCAGCUGUUGCAGGGGGACAACAGAUCCAAAUUCAAACAGUGGGGGCCCUUUCCCCCACUCAGCAACAGGACAAUGUUGAGAGGAGGGCUCUGGGCACCACAUCCCAAGGCGCAAGUGUCCUCCAGCCUGCCAAGAAACGAAAGGUGGACAUGCCCAUUACUGUAUCUUAUGCCCUACCUGGUCAGCAGGUGGCGACAGUCCUAGCUAUCCCACAAGGACAGGGACAACAGCAGAGUUAUGUCUCCCUGCGGCCAGACCUCCUAACAGUGGACAGUUCUCACCUUUAUAGUGCUACAGGCACUAUCACUAGUCCCACAGGGGAGACCUGGACCAUUCCUGUAUAUUCUGCUCCUGCGGGGGCCGGAGGUCGGGAGCAGGUCACACACAUUGCCAUCCCCCAGGAAGCCUAUGGAACUGUGCAGGUCGCCGGGGCCAAUACUACAACCAUGAACACAAUGCCAACACAAGUCACUGUUGAAAAUGACAAGUUGAAAAACUCUUCUAGUCAAAGUCAGACAGCUCAGGCCGUUUCCAGCAUAACAAGCGCCGGAGGAUUGGGUGGGCAAGAAGAAGUGGUGCACACAUUGGCUGCCAACACACUCUUCCCUGCUCAACUGAUGAAUGGAAAUAUCCACAUCCCAGUCGCAGUACAGGGCUACUCCAACACUACGCAGUCACUCAUCUGGGACCCACAGCAGCAGGUGCUUCAUGCACAGGGACUAAGUGGGCAGGAUGGACAGCAGAUACAGGCUCAGACAGUGGUUGCAGAGGUAGAUGGCCAGCAGCAAGUGCAAGUUCAGGAACUUUUGCUUCCGACCACCCUGAAACCAGAGGAGGGGCUGGAAAUGUGGUGUGCCUGGGCUCAGCGCAAAAACGGAGAAUUGGACAAAUCUGAUAAAACCACACUGGCUCCAAUUGGCCGACGCCAGGCGCUGCGUUUCCAGGAAGAUUUGGUGUCGUGUGCUGUAGCUGAGCUCUGCAUGGGUCUUUCUCUAAUGACCACAGAGGCCCGUGGCCUGGAAGGAGAGCCCUAUGAAGCUGAUGUACUUUACUAUGUAUUUCUGUGCAUACAAAAGUAUCUGUUUGAUAAUGGUCGCGUGGAUGACAUCUUUUCAGACCAGUACUACACUCGCUUUGCUCAAAGUUUGCACCAGAUUCUCCAACCUUGGACGCCAUCUGUUCAUCCACUUGGCUAUAUAAUCUCCAGUCAUGUGACGGAGGAGAUGCUGUGGGAAUGCAAACAACUUGGGGCUCAUUCCCCAUCAACUUUGCUUACAACUCUGAUGUUCUUCAACACUAAGUAUUUUCAUCUGAAGACAAUUGAUCAGCAUCUAAAGGUUGCCUUUUCGAAAGUGCUAAGACACACCAGGAAGAGUCCCAAUAAUCCCAAAGACAAGAGCACCAGCAUCCGGUACCUGAAAACAACAGAAAGGUUCAUAGGACAGAAAGUCACAGAUGAUAUGUACUCAGAGCAGCUGGAAGAUCCGGAAAAUCCUCUGCGAUGCCCCAUCAAGCUGUAUGAUUUCUACCUCUUCAAAUGUCCACAGAGCGCCAAAGGACGUAACGACACCUUCUACCUGACUCCGGAGUCCGUUGUGGCUCCAAACAGCCCCAUUUGGUACUCAACUCAGCCUAUCCCAAAAGAAGAGUUGGAGCAGAUGCUGACCCGCAUCCUCGUUAUCCGUGAAAUCCAGGAAACCAUCAACAUGUCAGAGACCGUACACUAAUUGGAUCGAAGGAGAAGGCCACAUGAACUAGACGGCUCCUUUUUCUUCACGCAGCCAUUGGUUGCUCAUUUAUAGUCGUUUUCUAUUCCCUCACAUUCUCUCACUGGCAUGUAUAUGUGUAUAUUCAUUAUGUCUGCAUACACACUAUCUUGUACAUGAGAAAUGAACAUACAAUAAGUAGAAGCAAUUAUUUCUCUUAUUCAAAGGAAUUCUUAAACUACUCUGGUGUUUUCUUCCUUUUUGUUUGGCCAAAGGAUGAUUGGACUUGAUCUCUCAGUUCUAAGUUUGUUUAUUUUAACUGUGGAUCUUUUUAUUACUCUCUAUCAGUUGUUUAUAUGCUCCCCAGAAACAAAACUGUAAUAUAUUUCUUUGCUGCUUUUCGUGGACUUCUUUCCAUCUAUCUUUGUUCCUGCGUCUCGCAAUGAAUACAUUGGCGGUAUUAAUGCUGGGUUUGGUGUGACGUCUUUAUUUGUUUUUCCACUUUUCUGUCUGUUCAUACAAGGACUUGGAACCCCGUGGAUGCUGGACUUUUUUCUCUUUGGAAUACAAGCAUCUCUAAGCACGACAAGCACUCGCCAUACAAUGGACGUGGCAGCGGGAAGGGUCCCGGAUUGCCCCUUGUUCUCUCAGUACAUUGCAAAGCCCAAAAUGAUUCUGAAGAGGAAUUUAUUAAUUGGUCCAUGUUUAUUACGAGUUGGAAGACUCAUCCAAGUAACAAGCCCCUUAAUGUUUUAUUAUAGUGUAAAAUACUCUGAUGCUUCAUGUAUUGGGACUGACUGUGCCUGAGUGUUCUGAAACAUGACCUUUUUUUUUUUUUGUACAGCUGCUAUACCAAGUAUUUGCCUUUCUAGUAAGUCCAGUGUUAAGUUCUGCACAUACAUCCUUAAGUACUGGUAGCCUGCAUUGUGUGCUAAUAAAACACUGCACAAUGA